UGGAAACCUGGCUCCGGAAUCAUUCAUCAGAUCAUCUUGGAGAAUUACGCUUUUCCGGGACUGCUGAUGAUCGGUACCGACUCUCACACUCCGAAUGGGGGUGGAUUGGGAGGUUUGUGCAUUGGAGUUGGCGGAGCAGACGCAGUUGACGUUAUGGCAAAUAUUCCUUGGGAGCUCAAGUGCCCAAAAGUCAUUGGAGUGAACCUCACCGGGAGUCUGAGCGGUUGGACGUCUGCCAAAGAUGUCAUUCUUAAAGUAGCCGGUAUCCUCACGGUGAAGGGUGGAACCGGUGCCAUUGUGGAAUAUUUCGGACCAGGCGUGGAUUCGAUUUCUUGCACAGGUGAGUUUGUCAGCUGCUUGCAUCAGUUGGUUGGUCCAAAAGUUGGAGAAAAUCUUCAG